GUCAAAAAUAAUGCAAGGAAAGUAUGUCUUCUCCAUCAAAAGAGGAAAUUCUUAUAAUUGGAGAGAUUCUUCGAUUGAAGCUACACCAAGAUCCUUCUUUGAUUAAGGAUAGAAGGUACCGCCUCAGAACUUAUACAUGUUGCUUUGUUGGAAGAGAGGUUGUGGAGUGGCUGGUUAAGAGUGGUGAAGCAUUGCACCAUACAAAUGCUGUAGGCUGUAUGCGCAUGUUACAAGAAAAUGAUAUUUUACAUCAUGUUUGUGAUGACCACAUUUUCAAGAAUGAAUAUUUGUUCUAUCGAUUUCGAAUAGACGAUGGAACCUUUUUUGUCGACACUGAGUUUGAAAGUUAUCAUCAAGCUAUAAUGAUCCACCAAAGAAUACUGGGUGAUAGUGAAAACGCUGUUAUGAGAACACAUGAAGUAGACCCUGGGACGUGUCUGGAAAAUUGUUUUAUGUCUUCAGAAUUUAUAACAUGGCUCGUUUUUAAUGAUGUCGUCCGGGAUAGAUAUGCUGGUGUAACUCUUGGUCAGCAAUUUCUAGAUAUACUCGUCAUAAAGCCAGUGUUGAGUGAUUCUGUUGAAUUUUUCGAUGAUGCAACAAUCUAUAAAUUUUUGUUUGAUCUUGACCAUUUGAUCCCGUUAUACAAGUCCCUUAAUGUUGGUGAAGAUGACAACAAAAGUAUUGAUGAUUCUGUUAAACGGCUAAGUAUUGGUCCGAAUCUGCCAAAGAAAUGCUUGACUAAUUUAUGGAAAGGACAGCAGGAAGAAAUAGUAGAACCAAAAAUUGCGAAGAAUUUGGAUAUGAAUGAUAACAAUGAUGAGAUCAUCCCUCACCUGAAGCCGGUCGUUCUUCGUGAAGUAACGGUAGCCGAAUUGAUGAAUAAAGAAAGUCCUUAUUAUUGGAAGAACAUUCGGAUUACUAGCGAUUCUGUUGGUUUUGGUUUUGUUAUACGAGGUGAUGGACCAUGUUACGUGCAAGCGGUUGAUCCGACAGGCCCAGCAUCUGCAGCAGGAUUGAAGGUUCGUAUGUAUAUUUAUUCUGUGAAUGGGAAGAAAGUAUUGGAGAUGAAACACACAGAGGUGGCAGAUGAAAUCAUGAAAGGUAAAAUGGUUGAUUUGGUAGUGUUACAACAUUUUCGAAUCAGCAAUUGAGUAUUUUUGUUUUACAAUAGUUUAUGAUAAGAAACCUUUUAUUUAUUGAUUUAUCUUGUGUUUAACCCAAUCUAAUUUUGGUCAUUAUUGGUUCAAAGUCAACGUUGUGAAAACAAAAAGAAACCUUUUUUACGUACAUUGUAAAGCUGACAGGAUAAAAGUUUGCAUUUCCUUUGAAAAAUCGAUCACAAAAAGGCUGGUUAAAAGCGUGACGGGGAAGAUUUAAACAAUUUAGUUUUUAUGGUAAAACUCUUAUCUCUUAUUUAAAAGUUUGUUUAUCCUCAUCGUACAUCUUCAAACGGAAAUCAAAAUCUAUGAUUUAAUAUAUAUUUAUAUAUAAAUGUAUCUGUCGGAUUCUUUGAGUUUAUUUUUUUCACGUUAGUUUUUUUUUAAAAAAAAUUGCAAGAUCUGACGCUUGUAUGUUGUGUAUACGUGGUCAGACUUACAUUGUAUAUUUCGCAUGGUUGUUGUGGCCAUGCAGCCCUUGUUACAUAUAUAAAGAAUUAUCAUAUAUUAUUGUUAUAUGCUAUUAUAUAUUAUUAUAUUACAAAUUAUAUAUUAAAAAUAAUAAAAUGAAAGGACGAGUUUUUUUCUCGUUCAGUUUAUGUUUGUUUUUAAUUCAGUUCUUGUGUUCGAUGUAUAUCGAUUGUCUUUCCUUCAAGUGUUAACAUACGGCGCCCCAUUAAAAAAAAACACGUAACUUUUUGUUAUAUUAGCUUGUCUUUUUUAGGCUUAUUUUCGUGUUUAUAUAUAUAGGUACGCAUUUUUAUAUUUGCAUUUUAUAUUGUUGUUUUUUGAGUUCGAUUGGUGAUAUUAUAUUUCCGAACCUAUAUAUCAAAUAUUUAGGCUCUUGUAGUUUUAGAUUACUGCGUCUUUAUAAAUUAUUACACAUUUGUAGAUUUUGAUAAUGUUUUGUUAUCGUUAAGAAAGGUAUCAAAAUAAAUUUAGCAUGUUUUUACCACGGGUUUGUAAAGAAGAAUUUUUCCCGAUAAAUUUUUUAGCUAGCUACAACUUGUCUACAUUUACUUUAUAUAUAUGGAAGGUUCCACAAAACUAGAAUAAACCAUAGAGAUAUAAAUGAACAAGAUAGCUGACAUUUUAUCAACAAAACACUAUUUAUUAACCCGAUUUUUAUUAGCUACAUCUCAAGAAUUUUUUUUUUCAGCUUUCUUUAUAUAUAUUUUGAUUAUCUAAAGACAAAUAUUUACAAUAGUUAUGAAUUAAUUUAAAUUGACUAUAGAAAGAUAAAAAGAUAAAAAAUAUUGAUGAUAUUGAAAAAACUGCAAAUUUGCCAUGAAAUGGAACGAUGGAAGCUCUCAAAUAAAUGAGGAAUUUGUCACAAAGACCGGUAUUAACUACCAUAAAACACAAUCUCUAUUUGCGAAGCAUUUCAGACACGAAAGUAUAUACAAAACACAAAGCUAGGUCACAUUCCAUUAAACUUACAAGUUCUUUCAUAAAGUUAUUAACAUGAAUGGUAACAUAGUUUGCUAUACUGAAAUGUUGUCUGUGUAAAUAAUAUGUAAACAAAGUUUGUGGAUGGUAUUGAUGCGAUCAUUUGUGACAAGUCCACAGAACAUCCAUAUCAAAGGACAUUGGGAGAACUGAGAAAGAAUGAAAGUAUUAAACAGCACUCUUCUUCUUUUGUGAAAUAUAUACGAAAAGAUCCUUUGAAGAACAUUUACUCUCUUACUGGCCUUGAUACAAAUGUUCUUAAAAAGAGAGGUAAAAUUUAGUUCUGUACUAAACGAGAUUGCACCAUAGACAAACGUUUGACCUGUAAACGAUAUAAAUUUAUUGAUAUAAAUUAAUAUUUUCUUAUUUUUUUUUUUCAUUCUUUUUGUUGGGUUUGUUUCAUUUUUGCACCAACAUGAUACGCCACGACAAGGCGAAUCCUAAAUCACGCAACGAAAAAUAAAAUGCCAGCACGAAAAGUGAAAAUCCACUACGAAAAGGCAAAAACCAUUCGACGAAAAGCAUCUUCCUAAUCUCCAGGUUUUCUUGGUCCCUGAGCCGUUUUUUCGGAGAGGUUAUCAAGAAGGCAAAAUACCUUGAGAACGACGUUGACCUUAUAUGAAUUUUAUGAAAUAUAAUACCUUAUUCAACAACUACUCUACUCACAAAUGUUAAGGGACCUAAGAAGCAAGAUCAUGGGUUAUCUACAACGGAGUCGUCCCAUUAUCAUCCCCAGAUCUCUUCUCAAAGAGCUCUGGGGAUAAGAAUUAACUCGUCCAUAAUUGUUCGUAAAAACCUGUCUUAUAAAAAUCACGCGAAAAAACCAUGUAUAAAUUAACACAAAUAUUAAAACUGCAAACAAAUUUGUAAGUGAUAAGAAACUGACAAAGGCCGUUGAACACAAAAUAUUUUUUAAAAAAGAUUUUAUUUGCUUUUCUUGUGCUUUUAGUAGUAUUUUUAUGACAUUUUUACCUGCCCAAAGAUCUGAUACUCUUCUGAAUCCGAGAAAUGAAUUGAAAGAUGUUUCUAUAAAUGUUGAUUACAAAUGUCAACAAAAUUGGCCUCCUGAACUAACGUUCUACCCUCAACCUUAAAAUAUUUCUUUUU